AUGUCGAAGACAGAAGGAUCUGGCAUGAAGGAAUGUCAGAAAGCCUCCCAUACACAACCAGAAAAGAAAGAAGAGAGUUUUAGGCUUGUUAGCAGCCAGUGGUGGUGGUAUUGGCGGUGUGGAGAAAUAUACAAGAUGAUGAGCAAUAGCAAAUCCAACAAUAAUAGAGUAGUGAUGAAGAGCGGAAAGGCUGCUGGUCCAAAAGAGAUCAAUCAAGGCUUGAAGAAGGGGCCAUGGACGUCAGCAGAAGAUGCCAUCUUGAUAGAGUACGUGAAGAAACAUGGAGAGGGGAACUGGAAUUCUGUGCAAAAGAAUUCUGGAUUGAUGAGGUGUGGCAAGAGUUGCAGGCUCAGAUGGGCAAACCAUUUGAGGCCUAAUCUAAAGAAAGGUUCUUUUACACCCGAUGAAGAGAGAAUCAUCAUUGAACUUCACGCCAAACACGGUAAUAAAUGGGCUCAAAUGGCCUCUCAGUUACCAGGUAGAACUGACAAUGAAAUCAAGAACUACUGGAAUACCAGAAUGAAAAGACGUCAAAGAGCUCGUUUGCCUAUAUACCCUCAAGAUUUCCAAACAGAAGCAGCUGCAUUUCAUUUUCACCACCAAGAAAAAGACCGGCGAACACAACCCAAAUCUUCAUCUACUUCACUCUCCUCACUCCUCCCCUCUUCUCUUCGCAAUCUCUCUUUUUCACUCCUCGAUCCCGUCAAUAAUUUCUCCAUUCCCUUAAACCCUUUUCAGAAUCAUCCGAAUCCUCUUGCAUUUUAUUCCAAUCCGAGUCAUCAGUUAAAGUUGUUAGUCAAUGCCAACACUAACGAUGGCAGUUUACCAGUUCCAUCUCCGUCUCCUGUCUCGCUGUACGAGCAAUCAUCUCCUUCUACAAAUCUAUUUAAUCAAAACCAUACUAGGCAAGAAAACCCACUAAAUACACCACCAUCACUGUUCUGCAAUGAUGCAGAUAUGGAAAGUAAUAUGAGUUUUACUUCACUUAUGAUGGGAGCUCAAGUUCAACCAAUUGAUUUCAUACCUUCGGAGCUCUCUUCCUACCAAACACCACCAGGGCGAACAACUUCUUGCGGUGGUGCUUGUGUGGCGGAGGCAUCGGACAAAACCAAUGUCAAUGAGUACAGUCACAGUGAAACUGGCCAACAAGGAAUCGGAGGCGAUUGGAAUAAUAGCGGUUUGCUGGAUGCUUUAUUGCAGGAGGCUAAGACUAUAUCUUUUAAACGGAAAUCAAAUUGUGAGGACUUGAUGCUGGCAUCUUAUGAAGGGAAACGUGUGAUGGAUAGGACUAUAGAGGAGGAAGGUGUAGAGGAGGACGAUACCAAGCGUGUUAAAUUGUUGCUGAGAAAUGGUAGUGAAAAGCUCUCCGAUGAUUUGAGCUCGUGUCAAUCCUCAAAUAUAGGCAAUAAGUUGGUACCUGGUGAGACAAUGGAAAAUUCCAUUGUUUUAAUGCUUUUGCAUUACUCAGUGAUGAAUCCAAUCGAGGAAGCAGUUGAUCAGGAGAUGAAUUCCAUGGAUGAUGAUUUAAUCAGCCUGCUUAACAACUUCCCAUCAUCCGAGCCACUCCCAGAGUGGUACCGUCAAAGUAGAAAUGAUCAGUCCUAUUCCAAAAGACUGUCAUACUGUGGGAUCAAUGGUGACAAUAGAGACCUACUCGACAUUCAGAAAGAUACUUCAUCUCUCAUGGCUUGA